AUGACCUUGACGAUCCGACGGGCGGUGUUCGGCGUCUUUUGCAGCAUGGCUGCACAGGAAACCAUCCUGCAAUCAUACUCCACCCACUGGCCUGACAACGACAUGAAUGCAUUCCCGCCCGAGGGCUGGCUGGUGCCUGCCACUACACUACCUCACCCGCCGGCGGGCACCCAGUCAUUCAACCACCAGGGAUUGAUGCUGCAACACCGUAUUGCAAACAUUGCAAACACAACUCUUUCCAUUUCAAUUGUCUACAACCUUUUUGGCAAUGCCGUAGUAGAAUCCCCGUCUCGUUCUUCUUUCCACGCAGUUUACUCGCUCUUACUUCUUCCUCUCCUUCACAAAGCAAGUCGUAAACCAGCAAGGUGGACAAGAUCAUUGUCGCCGCCUAUCGUUGGCAGUAGCAUCUUCACUGCUGCCGGCAUCGUCGACGCCAUCGACGCCAUCUCACCCUCGCCUGGCAUCGUCCUGGUUGCCACCCUCAUCUUCAAGCUCCUCGUCUGGGCUGACUGUGCUUUGCUCGCCGAGCUCAAUGUUUCUCCCGAUGUAGAGGUAACAUGUUCCAUCCCAGUCAACAACUCCAACCAAAGACUGCUCCCCGUUCCGUGGCCCAGCGACGUCCCCAACAAGCACAUGCACCACGCUCACAAGCUGGGCGUCCUAUACGUCGUAGUCUCCGUAACCCGCGAAUGGUUGAAUCAGGCAAAGGCCCAUGAACAGCCCACCGCCCUCGUUGCUCAGGAUUCACCUGCAGCGCCCUUUCAGGCCAAGGCCAUAUCGGAUUCUGCAGCCCAAAAGGCUACUCAUGAGGGAGACAAGGAGAUUCAGGAGCAAGAAGAAGAAAAGAAAAACUAUUCUCAACCUCAUCCUUCUUCCCUUUACCACCCUUUCCUUCCUCUUUACUCGUGUCGAAGUCCGGAAAACUCGAGAGCCUUCCCCUAUCCGUAUGCCCACUACGAGCGGCUGAUAGAAGUCUACUCCUGA